UCAGGCAGCGCGAGCGAGAGCGCCACUUGAAUGGAUUUUUGUCGGUGAAUAACUUUGCUGCUGGUUUCUCCACACUAGCCCUCCGCUCGCUUUUCUGCCGGUUAGUUCUAAUAUUUGAGAGAUUAGCUAUACUAAGUGGUAUAAGAAGCACUCAACACCAGUACACCACUCGGAAAAGUCUGUUAGCAGCAAACCCCUGAGGUCGGUUUGUGCGGCUUAACUUUUGCAAAGUGGGCGUCCCGGGAUCUUUUUGGAAUCUUAAUGGACUAAUAUGAAGAGCCUGAAGGCAAAGUUUAGAAAGAGUGAUGCCCAUGAAUGGAAUAAGAAUGACGAGCGUCUCCUGAGUGCAGUGGAGCAUGGGGAGUCAGACAAAGUUACCUCCCUCAUCUCAAAGAAAGGAGCCAAUCCCACCAAGCUUGACAGCGAGGGAAAGUCUGCUCUACAUGUAGCAGCCACUCGAGGUCAGGUGGAGUGCCUUGCAGUCAUCCUGGCUUAUGGGGCCGAUGUUUCUCAACAGGAUGCUUCAGGGUUUACUGCUUUACACCUUGCUGCCAAAAACAACCAUCCUGAGUGUGCCAAAAAGUUGAUACAGAGUAAGUGUGUGGUGGAUGCUGUGGACAUAUCAGGAAGGACAGCUCUUCAUCUCGCAGCCGCCAAUGGAAACACUGUGAUAGUUCUACUUCUCUGCGAGCACAAGUGUCAAGUCAAUCUUAAGGACUUGGAUGGCUCAACGGCCCUUCUUUUGUCAGCCAGACAUGCACAUGCAGAAGUUUGCCAGAGUUUGAUGGAUUGGGGCGCUGACGUCAACACUAGUGACAAAAACGGCAGAACUGCAGUGAUGUUGGCCAGUGAGAGCAGCUCUUUGGCCGCUGUGGAGCUGCUUGUGCAGAGGGGAGCUGACCUGCACAUGGUGGACUCGCUGGGCCACGACGUUCUGCAUUAUGCCAAACUUUCAGGAAGCAGUGAAAUCCGAACCAUUCUCAAUGCAGCUCUCCACAGUCAGCAGUCUGAAUCUGAUAAGAGUUUUGCAAGAACCCCUCAGCAUGGUCAAAUGGCUAAGCUAAAUGACGACAGAAGCUCCACCCCCAAAAAGAGAAAAGCACCUCCUCCUCCUCCCAUUAGCCCAAUUCAGUCGGCUGGUUUUGCAUCGCCACCUUAUUUUACUCCAUCUGAAACUCCUUUGUCAAGUAAAAGUGAUUCAUCUAAGAGAUUCAGUUACAAGGAGGAGGAGCUGAAGAGUGCUGCACUAAAGGAGGAGAUAGAAAAAUUGCACGAGGAAAAGAUCAUGCUGCUCAAAACCAUUGAAGAUCUGAAGCAGAUUGUGGAGCAGACUGAGCCCAAGGCGAAGCACUGUGGGAAUGCAGAUUCAGUGCUGAUUGCAGCUCUGCAAGCAAAAAUAUCUUGUCUCUCCCUGGAAAACCAGCAGCUCGCCCAAAUAAUAAAGAAACGUCCAGCUCCCCAAGGAGAGGAAGGCCAGGGGGGAUCCCGUCCAAACAGCAUUGAAUCUAAUGCCUCAUACCACUCCACUCGUGCAGAUUUUGAACUCUCCAGUGACAUACACAUCCAUACUAGUGACAAAGAGGAUCUCUCAGAGUUGUCUGCUCUCAGUGGCUCCUCACAUAAACAUGAGAUGGAGGAAGAAGCCAUAAAGGUAUGUUCAGAUGAAGAAGUUGGGCUGUUACGGGAUGCACUAGAGAAUUUACAGGCCAAACUGCUACAGUCCAGAAUGGAGAAUCGCUCCCUUCAGGCCAGACUCAACACUGACUCUAAGAUGGAGAAGUUUAGGGAUGAAGUUUUGUCUAAAAGCAUGGCCGAACUACAAGAUACCCCAAAAUACCAAGAAGCUUUACAAGAGUUACAGGCUCUCAAGGACAUGAGGGGAGAUUUAAGUAGAGAAGACGAUGAUGUGGUACAGAAGUUUCAGUAUUUGAAGGGCUGCCUAGAGCAAGAGGUAAAAGAACUAAAGGGAAAGUUGGCCAAAUCACAGGAGGAACAAAAGCGGGAUGCUUGUUUGAUAAGGGAUCUUCAGGCUCAAAUCCAGAGCGGUCAUCUAUCCGAGGAUGAGCAUCAAGACAUGAAGAACACCUACAAUGCUUUGGUGGAGAAUAUUAACCAGGAGAAGGCGCUGUUAAUCGAGAAGUACAAGGAGUCUCAAGAGGAGAUCAAGAUGCUUCAGGAGGCCCUCCGUGGCACUGUGCCUGUUGAGGCUGCUGCCAAAGACUUUGAGGAGAUGAAGGCAGAGCUCGGUGAGAUUAUUGAUGGGCUGCAGAGGCGCCUUUUGGAGCUCUCGAAAUCGUACAGCGAAGCCAAAAGCGAGCUUAGCACUGCCCGCAACCAGCUGCAGGCCAAAGCUUCAGAGCCUGAGGACAAGCCAGACGUGGUGUGUGUCACCAAGGAGGAGCACGAGCAGAAAAUUCAAGAGCUGGCUUUCAAGAUGAAGGACGUUCAGAACAUUCUGAAGGACACGGAGGCCAGGCAUCAAGCGGCGCUUAAAAAAAUUGCCCAGCUUCAACUAGAUGCUGAGAACCAGGCCCUGACUUCUGUAGCCAUUGCAGACCACACCCAGGUGGUGGCAUCCUUGGGGAAUGCCAUCAAGAACCUGGAGGCUGAAGUUGAAGUUCUUCAACAGCAGCUGGCCCAGAAGACUUUGCAGGUGGAUGGUUUGCAGAAUAGACUGACAGUUGAGAAAGAUGUAACUCCGGAUGAUUUGUUAUCCAGACUGGAAUAUGAGCAAAUGAGGGAGACACUGGAGGGUGAGAUAAGUCACCUAAAUGACCUGCUAAAGGAUGCUCUUAGGAAACAGGAUGAAAUGGCACUGGAGGUGACGGCUGCGUGGCAGGAAGUGAAAGACAGCAGAAAAGAAAAAGAAGCUGCACAGGAGCUUGCUGUAUGUAGGGAACAGGAAUGCAGUGCGGUAAACACAAGGUUCAGAGAGGCCCAGGAUGUCAUUGUUCAGUUAAAGAAGCAGGUGGAGAACCAUGUGAACUCUGAGAGAGAGAAAAAUAAAAAGAUUGAUGAGCUGUCAAAGGAGGUUAUCAAGUUGAAGGAUGCUCUGAACAGCCUUUCGCAGCUGUCAUACACCACCAGCACCCCUAAGAGACAACAGAGCCAGCAGGUGGAUUCACUUCAACAGCAGAUUAAACAACUGCAAAAUCAACUUGCUGAGUCCAAGAAACGUCACCAUGAAGUUGUCUCAGUUUACCGAAUGCAUCUUCUCUAUGCUGUGCAGGGUCAGAUGGAUGAAGAUGUGCAAAAGGCUUUGAAACAGAUACUUGUAAUGUGCAAAAUGCCAGCUGAGGCCAAGUGAUGAAGCUGACACUGUAGUUGUUCAUGAACUGCCAAAAAAUGGUGAUCUAAGACAAUUUAUCCAAGGACUCAAGUCCAUGAUCCAUCAGUCAACACUACACAUUUAGUCAUGCUGGGUAAUUGAAAUUGCCUUUGGCCAUCCCCACAUAUUGUGGAGAAAUAUAGCAAAGGAAGCAAUCGAUCCUGCUAAGUGUGCACAAAAGCUCCUAGGUCAUACAGUACCAGACACAGAAAUAGAACCUACAUCACAGAUAUUUUUUAAUUUGUUCUUAAAAGCAUUUCUAUUUUUGUCAACAACAAAAAAAAAAUAUGAUCAGUAUUUGAUCUUGUUACAAUGUAAUCAGAAUUAAUUUUAGUUUCCAUUAAAGUAGAAUGCCUGUCAGUAACAAUGAAAGCACAAUGCACAUUUUAGCAGAGUACUUUGGCCUGCAAAGCAGUUCAGUGGUACUCACCUAUGACAACUGAGUUUUCUUUGUAGUGUGUGUAUUUUCUAAAAUUGCAACCAGUUGUAGUACCAGCAUGCUGUGACAAUUGAAGCGGUUCAAUGUUUGUUCUAAGGCAUUGUGACCUUUUUCGAAUCAUUUUGAAUAAUCUACCAUUUCAGGGUAUGUGCUUUGACAAAAUGCCCAUGCGCCAAAUGCACUUUCCGUAGAGAAUAGUCGGUGUUCCUUUAAAGCCAGCAUUUACCUGCCAUAUCCAGGACACCUGAUGUGUUAUGUCCAUGUGCCUCUGCUCAUUUCUAAGGCCCAUGGUAAUGUUUUGGAGUAUAAAGCAUUUAAAGCUGCGCUAUAUUUCUUUGCAUUAUGCUUGUUUGCUUGGUUAUACCAGGUUGCUGCACUGUAGUAAAAUAUAGUAGUUGUAGAUUUGUAUUUGUCUGGACAUCCUAAACCUGUAGUCUUUUUGAAGUCUCAGCAUGUUAAACAAUUACUUUAGUUAGUGAUAUACUAAAAAUGGGUGGUAUACAACACAGUGAGAGAUGAGUUUUACCCCCAAGCACUUCAGUGUAGUUGUGGUUUUGCAACAAAUAAGGUUUUUGUAUGGAUGAGAUGGUGCUGUAUGAGCGGAAUAAAACUACAUGUACUGCAUCUGUGUACAGUAUGAACAGAAUUCACCCACUUUAGGAGUUACUGAAAUGUGGGCAACACAGAGGGUUUUUGACACUAAACAACAAACAUGCAUUUUAAUUAUUAAAUUAAAUAUGCAGUUGCACUUGAACACAUGCUAUUAAUUUGGAGAACAUGGUGUAAAUGUUAUUUUUAACCUUGCACUAAAGGUUAGCUUAUUAUUUAGUAAAAUGUACCUUCAUAAUUUGAGGUUGAAGAAUGAGUGGGUCGUGGACAAGUGCUUUCAAAUACAAUACAGCACACAGAAUUUGUGUAUGAAGUGUCCAUUACCAAGAAAUGACGUCCUUAGGUGCCAUCUUUUGUUGAUUAGUUAACUCUCCAGACAACCUGCUAGUUAAAUUCUGUAAUCAUUUUCUCGAGUGCCAAUUUAUUACCGAACUUCAAUGAGUAUAUACAAAAACACAAUAUCUAUAGAUCAGAUAGCAAAUAUGACUGUUGUAUGAGAUGAUAGAUACAAAGAUUUCAAACACCUGUUAAGUAAAAUAUUCUCUUUGAAUAGUUUCCAUCCAUCUUGAGCCCUUAUGAGUGUCAUUUUCACAAUCAGUUCAUAGUUGAGUUGUUUUUGUUUGUUUUCUUAUGCAUUUGUAUUUUAAGUCAGAGAACAAGUUGUUGGCCAAGUAUUUUUGCUUAGUAAUUAAACUUGUUAUGAGUUGGCUCUUUUUUUUUUUUUUUUUUUUUUGUCUUCAUUGUAGUAAAAAACUCAAAACACAUUUUUAAACAUGCUUUUUAAAUAAUGUUAGGAUUGGGAGUGGACAUGCUUCCUUUUGAGUUGAUCACUCUGUUAUCAAACAAACUUGCUGUGAAUUCUCUUUUAUUAACCCUUAGAACAAAUCACCAGUAAUUGUGUAAUGAUAUUUUUUGCCAUAUGUUUUAAUAACAUUGUAGGAUGACCAAACCCCUAGGAACUUGUUUUACAAAUUGAAAGAAUUCAUCAACUAGAGCUUUGUGUUAAAAUAAGGCUGCAAAAUGUUUGUAUUUUUAUGUCUCUAUUUGCAAAGGUCUCAGAGAUGCUCAGCCUUGCCAAAUACAGCUCAAUGUGUGA